AUGUUAGAAGAAAAUGAAGAGGCUUUUAAUGACACAAAGAGUGCAUUGAACUCAGUGAGACUUCUAAGAAAAUAGUUAGGAUUACACUAAUACUGUUAGCUGUUAUGUCUUGAGAGACAAUGAGUACGCCUCUGGAGUGCUGCCUCCUGCAUUGUUUUUGCUGCCUAGGGCCCCUUCAGACAUUCUUUUUGUUCUGCAUUCUCCAGGCUAAACUCUUCAUCAGCCCCGCUUCACAAAUGCUCAUGCCUGACUGGGAUGAGGUUACUCACAAUGAAAUGUGGCCUUUGGAAUAGAAAAAAAAAGUUCCCUACCCUUCCCCUGGUGCAGAUGUUCUCCCAUAAUCCCUGGCCAUUAGCAAUGCUUGAUGGGGCCGAUGAAGGACCAAAGGAUCUCGACACCUGCCCUAGGGCCGAGAAUCUUUGGAAAUAUGGUGUAUCCCAGUUUCAGGGACAGGGGUGAUGAAAACAUGCCUCAUCCUGAAGAUCUUGGAGGCUAUUAUAAAGCCAAAAUAUCAGUAUAUUAUUAUAGCUCAAUCAGUUUUGGAGAUAACAUAAUAAAAUUUCAUUCCUUCAUCUAUGAGCUCUGCUGCUGCUCCCUUUGGCUUCCUUUGCUAUGUGUCGGUUCUUUAGCUCGUUUCCCCUUCUUGAUAGUGAGGACCCACACCUGAUGUGUCUUUUCCCCUGCCUUAAUCCUCUGUUGGACAGAGCGGUGUUGCAUCCUCAGGACUCUCUCCCUACAAUACCACUUCCAGGUCAGACUGGGAGCCCCUUGGCACACUUCCUUGCUCCCUCCUCACAGGUACUUUGCAGUGAAUUAAAUAUUUCCUUUUGUGGCUUCAGUCCAUUUUAUUGCUUUCUGAUGAGUGCCAGGAGGGGGAUUAGUAAGCAAUAGCCUCUUGAAUAACCUCUUUCAGUUGCACAAAUGUGUUUCUGUUCCUAGUAUAGUAGAGGUUUUAAUUACUGGUUUUCUCUAUGAUUUUCUCCCAGGUUUUUAUUUGUGAGAUAGCCCAAUUUGCUACAAAAAAGACAAAAGAAAAGCAAUUAAAAACAUUUAAUGAAAAACUCCCGACAUUGAGGGGGGGAACCUUUACCUUGGGGGAAUUAACAGCACAAACCUAUGCUUGUUUACUCAGAAUUUACUCUUAGUCAGAAGUAAAUCCUGGGGUCUCUAGCUUUCAAUGGGACUUAUCAUCAUUGACUUACAAAAAAUUACAAUAUGGACCAUGACCCAUUAGCAAUCUUAGGUUGUGUACUGCUCUGAGAUCUAUGGGUAUUGGGCGGUAUACAAAUUUAAUUAAUACAUAAAUGGCAUAGGAAAAUGUUGUGAGCUCCUGGAAUCAGAAUUUAAGUUGCUGGGUAGGAUGUCAAAAGCCAGGACCUUCAAGGUAGCCUUCUCUGAAAUACAGGUACAACUGGUUCCACGUGGACCAACGUGUGGCUGAGACGAGGGUGACAGUGUCGGAAGGAGGCUUUUUAAUUUCUUAGGGACCAGGGAACAUUUGGGGGCAAGUUGGGACUAGUACAAAUGUGGUGGGGGUUCCAAUUGAACCAGGAUGAAACCAGACUACUGGGAGAACAGCUUUUAAACUGAUGGGGGGGGGUAGAGGACAGACACUGAGGCAUAUCUAGUUUGAAAGAACCUCUCGCCGAGUAUGAAGAUGAUAAAAAGCUGAUGACAUUGAAAAUUCUUAUAACAACAUUUUAAAUGGGGGAGGCGUAGAACAAGCUACUGCAAGUGCAAAGGCACAAAGUACCACAGCGCCAGAAACUCUUGGGAGAGAGAAAGAGAGAGACACGGUAUAUAAUGCCAGAAGCCUCUGAGCCAAGAUGGGGGAACUGAGUUGCGGCCUACUUUCUUCAAAGUAAACUCGACCCGGCACCGGGAGGCUGCCAAGGCUCAAAGAGCAGUCCGCCCCAUAUUUCCCAGAAGCCCCUCAACCGCAUCUAAGUCACGUGGGGCGCCGGCCAAACACCGCCGAGGUCAGCCCGGCCCGCCCGUCGUCGCACCAGACGCUCCCCGAGCCGCCUUGGGACACCAAGCCCCGCCCUCUGCCAGCCCCACCCGCGCGCCUCCCCAUCACGUCAGAGCGUCAACACGGCGGGCGGGUCCCGUGACCGGAAGAGGGCGAGCAAGAGGCGGAAGUGAAAGCGGGGAGGGUGUUUGGCCCCAUUAAUAGAGGGAGCCGAAGGUAGCGGAGGGGCGAGUCAGCGCGGCGGCCGAGCUUUUCGUAUACGGUGAGGGCGGAGGGGGCGAUGCUGUGGGGCGGAGGGCGGGAGAGCGAGAGACACAGAGAGGGCGGAGGCGGAGGCUCUUCGGGAUCUAGGGCCGCUGGGCCCGGUGCUGGGUGCGAGGCCCCGGGUGCGGCGGUCUCGGCUCGCUCGCCGGGGCUGAAGGAGGGGAGGCUGGGUGCGGCUCCGUUAACGGCGCCGGAGCGGCUGCGGCUGCUCCUCCUGCCUCUUAGCUGGGGCCGCGUUUGCUGAGGGGUUUGGGGCGUCGAGGAGCGGCUGGCUGGGCCCCGCCCUGGUCUUCUAGGAAGGCGGGGAGCAAAGUCGGGUUGGUUUUUUCGCGGCGCGGGGGUGGCGGUGGGAUAUUUUACCCGCUUCGCUACCUUCCGCCUGUGUGUCACAGGAGCGGGUCUCCCCCGCGAGCACCGGCGAUGCCUGUGUGGCAGACCCGGCAGGAGAAGCCCGGGCCGCGGGGGAGGGUUGGUUCCUCUUUCCUUGUCUGGCUCCCUCCUUCCCUUCCACCAGCUCCCUUCCCGGAACAAAGAAACGUGGGAAAGGGGUCGCCCUCCCCCAGGGUGCUGUCACGGUGCGGGCCGCCCGGGACCGUGCGGCUCCCGAGUCCUCGGGAAGCUCUGGAAGGUGAGAGCGGAGGAGCAGCUUGCAAGCCCAGCCCAAGUUCCUUCUCCCCGCCCCUCCCGGCCAAACAAUAAAGCUUCCCGUAGCUGCCGGCUGGAGCAAGGCAUGUUGCAUGACUUCCCGGUGGGGGUGCUAGCCCUGUUCGUGUUAUUGCCGAACUUUUAUAGCCUUUGCUCUCUUCUCCACCUUUCCCGUGUAGCUUUAUAUUUGUGAUUACCCGAGGAGGUUGGUUUGUUCCUUUGCCGUGCUUAAAAAGGAGCUCUCGAAGUGCAUGCAGAGUUUGGGGUGGGGGGGAUUGUGGUGGAGGGCGGUGCUUUUUCCUAGUGGGCAGCAUGCUGCCAGACACUCGGUCCCAUUGAAUGCAACUGGACUUAAUCCUGAGUGGAGUGUUGCACAUAAGCUAUUAGUAAUGAUUGUGACUUGACAAUACUAGUUUUGGUGAAUUGCAUGUGUGGAAUGAUGUGGCGAUAUUUACACAGAGAACUAAGAGAGUAGUUAUUUGAAGAAUCUAUUACAGAAUCUGCUCUGAAUACCUUGAAUGUUAAAUAAAUGGGGCCAGCUACAUGUUAUCUUACUAGCUAAACAUGAGGUCAUUGAUAAGUUGGGAUGGUAAACAAAAUGUGAUCUUCUCAUCCUAGAGUGUUGCCCGUGAGUAAUGCUUUAGAAGUCACUGGUCAGAGCAAGACUGCAGGUGUUCUGAUCUCCAAGGUUUGAAGUGCUGAUGUCCUUAAAUAAAGAUCUUAUCUUAUCUUAGUCCUAUUGUAGUAGAUCUUGUCAGGCUGAUUCUUUUAAACCAGUUUGCUAAACUAAAAAUAUUUCAGCAUGAGCACAAUAGAAGCAUGUUGUUUCUAAAGCAUCAGCCAAAUGGUAAGAACAAAAAUGUAUUGGGCCAUAAAACUGGUUUUACUCUAAUGACUACCAAAUACUAACUACCAUAGUACGUAAAAGAAAACCUUUUUUUUUAAGCCAGCUGAAAAUUGGACCAGCGUAAUAUUUAGGUCAACAAUAACGCAACACUCCUGGAUGCAGAGUAUUCGUCAGAUGUAACAAAUGUAAUCUAGUAUCUCUUAUAGGCAGCAUACAUUUUCAGAAUAUAUUUACUUUGUUCAGAGGCUGAAAGUGAAACGUCCAGAAAACUCUUCCUGUUCUAAGCCAUGCCCUCUUAGUUGGGAAGAACAAACAUACUGUCUUGCUUGUGACUUCAGCAGCAGCUGAUUAAGCACAUGAUUUAGUUUAUGAAUAGUUAACUAUGAUUUGACUAGGUAUCAAAUAAAUGCCAUGUCUUUAAUGGAAGCAAAGAAAUACAUGUCACUCUCGUCUUUCGAAAUCCUGGCAUGUUUAUGCAGAAUCACUUUUUAGGGGGGAAAUGGUCACAUCCUGGACUUCAUCAACAUAGCCUCUAUGUUCUAGAUGAAUUUUAAAAAUAACUUUCAGUCUUAUAAAAUACAAAUAGUACAAAAUCUGUAGAAAUGUCUGCUUCAUUCAGUGUCUCAGUAAUAGAAAGAUGCUCUUGCAUAUGUUUUCCUGCACGCAAUACUGUACUUAUAAAAGUUCCAGCCAAGGGUUCUUAAAAACAGACGCAAGAAAGGAUAAACUCAGAAUACAGGAAAUAGAUCACCUUAGAGCUGCAAGCUGCAGUACAAAGCUUUAAAAAAAUAAUUUACUUUUAAGUUCGUAUUGAAGUUUUUUUACUUUACCUGGCAGCUAUUAAAGCAAGACUCAAGGCAUUUUCAGUUCAACAAAUUUGAUUUCAUACUGUGUGAGACCAUAUGCUUUGUGUGCAGAAGGUUCCGGCUUCAGUCCGGCUCUAGAGUAGCAGGUGUUGACUUAUGCCAGCUACCAGAGAACUAUUGCCAGUAAGAGUAAAUGAUACUGAACUCUGUGCACCAGUGGUCUGACCUAGUGUAAGGCAGCCUCCUAGGAAAAAGAAAGCUGACAACAGUUAAAUUAUAUAUGUGUGCUCUGAAUUCAACCUGUUUUCAAAAUUAUACAUGGCAAGGGAUAUCCUGGAAGUGUGGUGUUAUAGCAAACAUUUUUAAUGCAAGCCACUUGAUGUUAAAUCAACUAAAACGGUACUGGAUUUCCUUCCAUAGUUGGAAGCUCCCUGUUAAAACGAAUGUCUAUGUAGGUGGCAGACUGCCUUUGUCUGGAGGGAGCAGUACACUGAAUAGGGCCAAAAAUGGUAGUUAUAGUUGGUGAAUCUGUUUGAACCUGAGGGUUGUGUUCUUUUCUGGAUAUCCUUUUGGGCAGCAUGCCAGCAGUGAGUGCAACUAGAGCAAAAGUGGCCAGGGCAAAGAAUGUUAAUUUUACUUUCAUACAGUGGACUAGUUUCUACCUUGCUGUUGAAAGCUGGCAUCAUCGUUAUUAGCUUUGUGGACACCCAUCAACAAAUAUUCUGUAGUCAGUUUAUAGAGCAAUCUGCCAACCCCCAAACCCCAACUAAACAAGAUGCAAUAUUAAAAGCACGCAACAGUUAAAAUAAAAAUACAAUGUAACUUUGCUUCUAGCAAACAGACGAAACAGUAAAUGGUUAGAGCCUGCCUUUUUGUUUUAUUAAAAUAAGUUAGUUUAAAAUGCAUGGAUAAAAAUGUAUUCACUUGGCACUGAAGAAACAAUUAGAAGCAGUGCCAGGCAAGCUUCUUUAGUGAACCUCGUUCAUAGUUUUGGUGCCCACACCACGAAGGCCGUAUUAGUAGCCAUCCAACUGGCCUUACUUGGUGGGAGUGCAAAGAGGAAUGUAAGGUUCAGGUAGGUAUAUAUGGAAGAAGCCAACCUUUCAGUUAACCUGGCCACAAGCUAUUAAGGGAAUUAAAGCUUAAAACCAGCCAUUGAAAUUGGGUAUGGAAAGAGAUUGGAAGCCGACAUAGCUGGUAAAGUGCUGGCAUAAUAUCACCAGAGUGUCCAGCCCCAGUUGAUGAUCUUGUUUUUCUGUCUUGAGCUAGCUGCAGUUUACUGGCCAUUUUUUAAAAGGAUGCCCCUUGUACACUGCAUUGCAGUAAUCUAAAUAGGCAGCUACAACCACAUGCAUAAUUGUUCUCCAGGAUGCAUCCAUCCAGGUAUUUUUGCAAUUGGUAUAUAGCCCGAGUAGAUAAAACUUGAAGGAGGUAUCCAACGUGCACUCCAGAUAUUCCUGGACUAAAAGUCCCAUCAUCCUUGAAUGUUGGCCAUGCUGGCUUGCAGUGUUCGAAACUCAGAUAUAAGCUAAGUGCCAAAUGGCUCCUUAAACCAAGGUUGCAGUUGCCAAAACGGAAUGUCUAGUUGCUAUUUUGAGGCAAGACAGCUCUAAAGUCUUAUUUUUCAAAUGAUGGACUGCCUGUGAUUGAUUCUCAGUUAAACAUCUGGCUAGUUCAGAUGACUACCUUGAGCUAGGUUAAGAGCUUUGAGAAGUGCAAAGUCGCUUGAUUCAGGGACACUCCAUAUAUAUAUUGGCCUAUUCCAACUGCUUUUCCUAAGGCAGACUGCUCUUGCUCAGUCUUCACAGAAAAAACAAUUUGGUUCCAGAAAUUCAUUCUGAUCAUGCAGAUAAAAUAUAACUGAUAGAAUUCUACAUGAUGGAGUAUUCGCAUGUGAAAACAGUCCAGAUCCAAUGAUCCCCAAAUGGUGGAGAUGUCAGGCACCAUCCUGGCACCCUGUCAUCUUCACUUGGUUGCAAGUGGUCGAAAGCCAGGUGCAAAAUGUGCCUGGCUAAUUUUGAAAACUCUGUGGAAUUGUUUAGAGUUGGACUGUAGUCCAGGAGCAUUAGGAGGGCACCACGUUGAGUAACCAUAGUCUCCUUAAUUUUGGGGUGACAGUUUUCUUGCAGUAGCCUGAAGACAGAUAAUGCACCAGUUGUUGCCCUGCCUUACCUUCUUUGGGAAGCACACCCUCAACCAGUUUUGCAGAUAAGUUAAAUGUGUAUGUACUUGAUUUUCUGUGAGAUGCAGGAGGGUAAUGUUCUUAAAUCCAGAUCCUAGCCAUGUAGCACACUCUUGAUAGCUUCAGAAGAUAAAACAUUAAGGUAGAUUUCUCCCUCCCCACCCCCCACUUGGGAUUAGCCAACUCAGAGUUGGUUUGUGAUACUGAGAUGAAUGCACGAAGCCUUCUUGGAGUCCUCUGUGAAAUAGCUGGAGGUACUCUCUGUAAUAUCAUUGGCAAGAUCAUUUCUGUUGCAGCAACACCAUCUCUCAGGGUUAUCUAUCCACUCACUGAUGCUGACUUGCAAGUCUUAUACUUUUAGCCUUGACUAGUUAUAAGGUGCAGGAAGAAAGUAUGAGCAAACUCUGCAGGGGUCUCAUCCAUGUCUGAUGGGUGAUCUCAUUACAGUAGCUGCAUUUCAGGUGAACUGUUGGAAGCAUUCACCCUAACACUAGCUGACAAUUAUAUUCAUCCCCAUUAGAUAAUAUCUCCCUCUAUCUUCUGUGCCAUUAUUCAGCUGUCCAAAACUCUUCCUUCUGUACUUUCCUUAACAACGUUUUUCUCUGCCCUCCCCAGUGCUGGUAAAUAUGUUUCUUCCAAUCUGCCAUUUCAUGCAAGGGUGUGAAAAAUAACAAAAUUAAACUACAGGCUGGAAUUUAAUGUAGUGCAAAGUGGAAUUCGCUUGUGUAAGGAAACAUUUCCCUUUCUUCCCCUGCAUGCCCCCUAAUCUUGUUUUAGGGGUCCCACACCCCUGAGCAUAUUCAGGAGUGGGAGGGGGGAUAAGUUGCAUGAGUAGGCCACAUAUACAACAACUCAGAUGAAUCCUGCCCAGAGAGCUCAACCUAAUACAGUCAUACCUCGGGUUGAAGUAGCUUCGGGAUAAGUAUUUUCGGGUUGCGCGCUGCGGCGACCCAGAAGAAACAGAGUGCAUUACUUCUGGGUUUCACCGUUCACGCAUGCGGUCAAAUGCCAUCAUGCGCAGAAGCGUUGAAUUGCAAUCUGCAGAUGUGGGUUGCGUUCGCUUCUGGAUGUGACCGGAUCCCGUUCACAUCCAGAGGUAACACUGUACUAUAGAACUGUGUGCAGGCAGGAGGCACUGUGAAUUGGUCCAUAUACAUUGCUUUCAGUGUUAGAAAUUAGCCAGGCGUGUUUUGCUGCUGGUGUAGGUCCAAUUGCAACCACAUGGAGAUCUCUGAUUUGGUGACUGACAUCUCCAUCUGGCUAGCCUCUCCAGUUUUCUUAAGCAGGUAAGCAAAAGAGCUUAUUUAUUGCAUUUAUAUCUCACCUUUUUCUCCAAGGAGUUCAUGAUUUGCCCCCUCCUCAGUUAAUCCCUACAACAACUCUGUGGGGUAGGUUAAGAGGCUGUGAUUGGCCCAAGGUCACCCAAUGAGCUUCAUGACUGAGAGGAUUUAAACCCUGAUCUUCCAGGUCGUAUUCUGACACUCUAACCACUACACCACAGAGGCUUCCUAGAGUACUUCUGCUAUAGGGCAAAAGUAUAUAAAUUAAGUAUAUAAAUUAAGUAGGUAAAUAAAUAUGGGAAGAGCAGAAUGUCAUUUAGAGAAGGAUCUGAAAUAUUUUCCUUGAAGCUUGAAUUUGUUUUAUUCUGGAUUGUUUUGUUUUAAUGUGUUGUAUAACUCUUUGAAAAAAUUCUCUUUAAAAUAUAAAGAAAUAUAUAAAUGAAAUUAAUUAUAAUAAAUCCCAUUGUAAAAAAAGGCAACUAGACAUUCCAUUGUGGUGGCCAUAACCUAAGUUUAAGGUGCCAUUUGGUGAUUAGCUUAUGUAUCUGAGUUUCUAACACUGCUUUGCAUCAAUAUGAUUCCCAUGACACUCUAUAACAAUAUAUGAUGAGGGUCAGUGAUGCAGUUAAAGAGAGCCUGCAUAGCUUCAACAUAGCUCAAUUCUGGGUUGACCCUGACUAGUGUAGAAUUAAACAUCUAAUGUUAAGCUUGAGAAAUAGGUUUUCAAGAAACCACUCUGCACUAUACAAAUGCCCCAAAUGCAAAGUUUGAAGCACCCUUUUAACACCAUUGGAUGUACUGGAGUACAGCAUUUUGUGUGUAGUGGGAUAGUCACUAAUUUGCACUUGCACCCUGAUGCUUUUCAGUCCAUUCAGGGACUUGGAAUUCAGCCAGCAGAGGGCUGGUUCAAGGACUGUUGCUCUGACUUAGGUCAGGACAGGCUCGUAAGAACAAGGUAGGUUGUAUAAACAUGGCUUGGUUAUGUAUCACAGCUGAAUGAUUGGUAGGUAAAUGAAUAGACUAGGAGUUGCUGUAUAGCAUGCAGGCAUUUCAUGGAGCAUUCUGUUAUCAGUUGCUAUCGUUCUGGCACAUAUUGCUACAAGCAUAUCUGCUGAUGAGCUUUCCUUUUUGUUUUUUUAAAGCAAAGCUGCAGCUUACAUGCAGCAGCUGUGCUUGAAACUCUCUGCCCAGCACUGGUCUGCCCUUGGUGAUGUCAUUGUUGCUGUUCUAUAAAGCCAUUUCUUACAUAGAAGAGAGCCUAACUACAUGGCAGGUUUUCUCAGUAGUGCUGUUAAUGUAAACUGUCAAAAGUAGAAAGUCUGGUCAAGCCUACCAGCCUGAUUAGCUAAUAUUGUUUGUUAUAUUGAUAAGUUGCUUUGCACCAAAACAGUCCCAAAGCAGCUUGCAGAAUAAAAAUCCAUACAAAAGCACGUUAAGAAGUGUCUAUCCAACAAUAAUACUUGAGGAAAUAUCCUUUCCAUUCACCAAAGAACACUUGUCACAAAACCAACAGAAUGCCCUCUAAAACAGCAGCAGUGCUAAAACCAAAACAUCUUUCCUGGUGCCAGAAAGAGUUGAUUCUAGGAGCCUUGACCUGUGAGAGCAUAACAGAGAGGGUGGGCAGGGGCUGCCAGCUGAAAGGCUUGCUAACUCAUAGCUAGCCUCUGGACUUCACUAGGGAGGACUUGCAAAUUUUGAGAAGGGCCUUGGAUGACUAUCUUGGGCUCAUAUUCAUAUUCAUAUUCAUAUGGCAGAGCCAUCCAUUAGGUUUUGUGGUUCCAAGUUGUGUAAGGUUUUAUAGGUAAAAGCCAUUACUUUGAAUUGAGCUCAGUGGCAUAUUGUUAGUCAAUUCAACUUCACCAGAACUGGUGAGAUAUAUUCAGACCCUCUAGCUCCCAUUAAUAAUCUGGCUGCUGAGUUCUGCAGUAUAACGGCAGCUUCAAAGACAAUAAUACAUAUAAUGUGUUGCAGUAAUGUAGUCUAGACCACUGAAGCUAAACUCUUGUAUGUCUAGAUAGGAUUGCUGUAGGGUUAUUUGUGAAAGGCAGCAGAAGGGACCAGUGUUAGAAACUCAGAUAUAUAAUAUAAUUGCACAUAGCACUUUAAACCCAAUGUGGUUGACACAUUGGAAUGUCUUGGCACCCUGCCCCCCCCGAAUUAUUAUUAUUAUUGUUCAUUUCAUUUCUAUACUGCUUCAUAUUUUACAGAACAAAUCUGAAAGCGGUUUGCAACAUAUUAAAACAAUCCAGAAUAAUUCGAGCUUCAAGAGAAAUAUUUCAAUUUAAGUGACAUUUUGCUUUUCUGAGUCACCAACCUGGCAUCAGAAAUCUCCACAUGGUUGCAGUUGGACCCACGUCAGUCACAAAAUGCAGCUGGUGCCUGGCUAAUUUCUAAUACUGGAAGGCACCCUGCACUUGGGGGAUGGCACUUGUGCCUCCAAUGGUGGUAAUAGAGCCAGGAGGUCUCCAAGCUGCCCACCUGAUCUUUUAAUGGAAGCACAACUUUGUCCAGAACAUGGAGCACUCAAUAAACCUUGGGGUUGGCAAAAAGUAUUGCCUGUUUAAGCAAGCAGGUUAUUCUUAACUAAAUUUUUUAGAUGCUGUUGUGAAAUACGAACCUGUAAAUUACUGAGUGUUGUGAAAUUUAAAGGAGGUGGCACUUUAAUUGCCAUAAAGGCUAAUUCAGAGUUGAGACCAUAAACGCUUGAUAGAAAGAUUUGCAUUGUUCUCCUGAGUACUAAAAGUAUUCCUGUAUCAUACAAGAUCUAGCAUUGCUGACUUCUUAAAUAAAAAUUGCAUAGGGUGUCUUCUCAAAGAGGGGAGGGGCUUAUCUGUUACUUAAUCAUAGUGCUUCACUAAUUCAGCUUGUACACAGGUUGUCUAAUACAUUUGCCUGUGUGAUCUGGCAGUUUGAAACUGCCCAUUGUGCCCAGAUUAAAAGUGAAGGCUCGGUAAGAUGGAAGCCUGGUUUAUAUUUGAUAAACUAUCAUGAGGAUAGUAAUUCCUUGUGGCUAGGUAAGGAAACAGUUACAUUAACCAGGUGAGUUGUUCCCUUGCUAGAAGUUUUUAUAAUGAUGAAAUAAGACUUGAUCUAAAACUAGUCCAGUACUCUGCUUUAUCUUGUGGACAGGUUGUGUGGCAGGAUAACUUCUUUACCUGUACUUGCUGCUUAACGAAUUACUCAUUUUAGUUCUUGUUGUUAACUCAAUAGAUUUAUCUGGUUUUCUGUAUCUAGCUUAUUUUUUUUCAAACCCUUGUAACGUAAGUAUACCAUUGUAAUGCUAAUGGAACCCUCCUACCUUGAGCCCUUCUUGAAUCCUUUUCUGUUGCUUUCAUGUGCCUCAAGCUUGGAACUAAAGGACUAGAAGCAAGCAAGCACUGGCAGUCAUGUUUAGGUAUCAACUGUUAGUGGUUCCAGAAUCUGUGGGAGGCAGGGCUGAUGUGCCAAAGUUGACUGUCGAUCUAGGUGGUGAAGAGUUAGGGAUUUGAAGGCAGACGAAUCCAUUGAAUCAUUCAUGCGUUAGCAGUGAGAUUUUGUGUUGCAUGCCCUUGAGCUUACUUUGAAAAACCAUGUGAAAUAACCAUUCUAAUAUAUCUAGGGUCUGGCAACAACCAAGUGAGAACAUCAGACUGCAAAGCCUAGUUCCACCCUACCUCCUCAGAGGCUGAACUGCCACUUUCAGCUGUUCAGAAGCUUUUGCUAGUGUCUUUGCUGCUUCUCAAUUUGAGGAGGGGCAUUUAUAGGAAAAGUACAACUUGCCACUCAAAUGUGUGGCUCUAUCCUAGCUGCAUUUAGAAACUCAGGGGAGAAAUGCUGAUCGCUUAUACUUCUGCUCACUUCCAAAAGAAUCAUUCAACUGUGCUGAGUUCACAGUGCAUAUAAAACCAUUAUAGAAAGUCAAAGACUCAUUCUGACAGGGUGGGGAAGCAGACAUGGAGUGUUUUCUCAAGGAGGGGGGGCAAGUGAUUAAGCACCCUGAGCCCACACAUGAUGCUGUAAUCUGACUGUGCAGCCUUGAGCCAAGUACUGUUCCUAUGGACACCAGAGGGAGUGAACAGGAGGAGGGAAGACAUGCCACCAGAAAGAAAGUUGGCAAGAGGAACUUGCUUAAUAUGUGCAGAAACUGAAAUACUGUUCAGUUUUAACUGAAUUUAUUUCCUUCAAAGUAGCAUAGCAUGUUCAAGGUAUCCUCUCUUUUGGCCCCUCCCCUCAUAGUUGUGCUCUACAAUAUAGAAGCACAAACCUGCCACAGUGUGCUAGGCUUUGAGACAUACCGGUGCAUUAACUCAGUAGAACAGCUUCUGACUCCUAAGGGUAAUGCAGAAAGAGCCUGUUCUAUCUGUGGCACAGUGUAGGUCCCAUGUUUAUAUGGGAGAACUGACAAUUUCAUCAGAUGCAAUAUAUGUAGAGCUGCUGAACCGGUAUGGAUGCCACCUGUACUUUUCCAGAAGCUUCUGACUCUUUACAUUCCUCCAGAUUGGCACUUGACAGGCCUGCUGUCCAAAUACCUCUUUAAAGGAGGCAGCAACUGGUCAGGAGCGUAAAGGCAUAUUCAGGCCAAGUGUACAGGAAAUCAGUAAAGUAGCAAGGCUAGUAGCGGCUGACUUGUUACCUAUGUGACUGAUAGUUCGCCCUGUAGUCUUUAAAUUUGCAGUGUCCUAAUUUACAUUCUACCUGGUAGUGAUUGUGAAAUGGUGGUUUAGUUGCUUGUGGCCAAAUACAGAAUAAUCUGCCCCAUGUGAGGUAAUAUAUACACAUUAGCAGAUGCAAAUUAACUAUGGGUACUAUCUAAGUCAUGCUCUGAGUAGAUCCAUUAAAAUUAAUGUGCUUAAAAUUAGAAAUGACUAAAAGUCAGUUUCUCUUGCUGUAUUCUGAAUAUUACCUGGUUGGAGACCACCCCAAUAAUGCAGGGGUUUGGAAUUGGAUCCUGCUGAUGGGCCAGUUUCCAAAAUCCCCCCCCCCCAAAAAAUAGGCCACCUUGGGUAAGUGGGCAUGGUUACUCAUCUGUCAGGUGAUUGACUGCUCUAGAGAAUUCCCAGCAGGGCUUCCAUUCAGCAUCAAUCAGCUGAUUGGUGCUGACAGGGAGCCACACUUGCAAAGGAACAAAUGGACCCACCCUUUCCUCACAUUUGAUGUUGCCUGUGACCUCAGGUAUGUGGCAGGUGGCUGUGGUCUGUGGGAAACUUUGGCGGGCCAAAUUGAGGCAUGUGCUGGGCCUAACUAGGCCCAAGGGCUGAAGGUUCCCCACCUCUCCUGUAAUAACUUAAUUCAGCUUUUGUUUUAUGCAAGCUGUUUGAUAAAUAAAUUGCUGUUGUGAUAGAAAACAGUAAAACAGCAAAAAAAAUCUUCACAAUUCUAAUGAGUAGAAAAUGCUUUGGAACUACAGAAUUUGGAACAUGGUGUGAAUUAGGUAGUAUCUGGCAUAUCAGAAGUAGCUUGCAAACCUUUUCCAAACUCCUAAGAGCCUCUUUCCAGCAUCACUCUAAAACAGGAAGGUUCUUGGCGAAGUAUAUAUAAAUCUGAAAACAUACUCUAUGUAGUGAAGUACUGCUGUUACAGACACAGUAGAUAGGUUACAGGUUAUAGUUUUUUAAACUGUUAUUUCAAAAGAAAAAUAUUUAGGGAGGGUCAUACACACCAUGCCCCUAAAUGCCAUUGACUGCUGAAGUAGCAAACGUUGUGUGAAUUCAUGGCAUUCCUUAAGCAGUGGUAACUACCAGAGUGUUAAAGGUGCCAGAUAUUCCUUUAAAAAUGUAAUGCAGACCUUAACUGCUAAUUCUGCACUCAUUGAGCAGGUCAAAUUUCUAUUGCUUAGAGCCUUUGCAAAAAUUGAGAUUCAAACCGGCUCAAAGGUAUGCAACAAAUUAUAUUUGAAAAUACAGAUAGUUUAAAAAAAGUAUAGAAAGCACAGUAAACAAAAGCCAGACUCGAGGAUAGGAAAGCAGUAAAACAAAGGAUGAAGAAAGCAAUAAAAUUAAAUUGGGUAUCACCCUGAUAAUUCUAGCUUUCUCUGAAAGCAGGGGCAGGCCCAAUUACAGUGGUUCUGGGUAGCGGAAGGUAUGGCAUGGGAGGUGGGGCAGACCAGUUAAGGUGCACAUGGCACAGGUACUUAGUGACUGUGCUGUGUGCCAGCCCCCUUCUCCAACCUGGGGAAUUGUGGUUGUCAUAUCAGCCAGCCCUCGGGUCUGUGACUGAUGCUGUUGAAUGCCAGGUCGGUCCAGAAUAAAAUCUCCCUCAUCCAUUAUCUGAUUAUGGAUGAGGAGGCUGAUCUGGCAUCUUUCACUGAAACCUGGGUGGGUGAGCAGGGUGGAGUUGGUCUCACCCAGCUGUGCCCGCCUGGGCACUCAGUGCAGCAUCAGGCUAGACUCGAGGGUCAGGGAGGGGGAGUUGCUGUGGUUUAUAGAAAGUCUCUAUCUCCAGGCUCUUUGUCCAGGGUGGGGUGGGGUGGGAAUCUAGAGUGUGUGUUCCUGGCAUUGGACAAUUGGGACAGAUUAGGGAUUCUGCUGGUUUACUGUCUGCCUCGCUGCCCAGCAAUCUCCCUGCCUGAGCGGACAGAACUGGUCUCAGAGAAGGUGUUGGGUACUCCUAGACUGCUGGUUCUGGGAGACUUCAACAUUCAGGCUCUGGGGCAGCUCACGACUUCAUGGCUGCCAUGACAACCAUGGGGCUGUCCCAGUAUGUCCCUGGCACAAAGCACAUGGCAAGCCACACUCUGGACCUUGUUUUCUUGUCUGGGCAGCAAGAGGCUGGUUUGAAGGUGGGGAACAUUGAUCCCCUACGUUGUUUAACAUCUACAUGAAACCACUGGGUGGGGUUAUCCGGAGGUUUGGAGUAUGUUGUCAGCAGUAUGCUGAUGACACUCAGCUCUAUUUCUCCUUUAUAUCUGCAGGCGAGGCAGUGGAAGUACUGGACCAGUGUCUUGCCUCAGUAAUGGCCUGGAUGAGAGCAACAAACUGAAACUCAGUCCACAUAAGACUGAGCACUAUUAGUGGGUGGUACCCUAGACCAGAUGGGUGGGAGAUCACCUGCUGUUGAUGGGGUUACACUUCCUCUGAAGGAGCAGGUUCAUAACUUGGGGGUGCUGCUGGAUCCUUAGCUGUUACUCAAGGCUUAGGUGGCCUCAGUGGCCUGGAGUGUCUGCCAUCAGCUUCGACUGGUGGCUCAGCUACGCCGCUAUCUGGACAGGGAUAACUUAACUACUGUUGUCUAUGCUAUGGUAACCUCAAGGUUAGAUUACUGAAAUGUGUUAUGCAUAGGUCUGCCUCUGAAGAUGGUUCGGAAACUUCAGCUAGUGUAGAAGUCAGCAGCCAGGUUGCUCACCGGAGCAAGAUCAUUUGAGCAUAUUACACCAAUCCUGGUCCGACUGCACUGGCUACCAAUUAGUUUCCGGGCCGAAUUAAAAGUGCUGAUUUUGACCUAUAAAGCCUUAAAUGGCUCAGGACCACAAUACCUCAAGGACCGCCUCUUUCCAUAUGAACCUACCAGGACCCUGAUAUCAUCUUCUGAGGUCGUUUUUCAUGUGUCUCCUCCUGGAGGGUGGCAACACAAGAAUGGGCCUUCUCUGCAGUGGCUCCCCGUCUGUGGAAUGCUCUCCCUAGGGAAGUUCGCCAGGUGCCUUCAUUAUACACCUUUAGGCACCAGGUAAAAACGUUCCUUUUUAACCAGGCCUUUGGUUGAUCUGAUUGACAUCUUAUGCCCUUUUAAAAUGUGGCUUUUGGAGGGGGGAUAAUUGGGUUGUUGUUUUUAUUUUGAUUGUGUAUUUUGUGGUUUUAUGUUUUGAUUUUAUUCUGUGAAUCGCCCUGAGACCGCCGAGUAUAGGGCGGCAUAUAAGUUCAGUACUUAAUAACUAACUAACUAAAUAUAAAUACAUAAAUAGAUAUCCAUGCAGCAACCAGUACAAAAAGGUACCAUUCCAGAAAAAAGAUGCUGAAUGUAAUCCCGAUAAAGUAGGCAAAGUACGAAGUACGAUUAAGUACGAAGCAUAAAAUAGAUCUUCCACAUUGCAUCCUGAGUCAGAUGAGCCCAGCAGUACUGGCCAUCAAUCAUGGUCAAUGGCAUACUCUGAGAAUAGCCAUAAAGGCUUGCUUGAGCUUGGGAAAAGCAAGAUUAAACCAAAUAGGAGCUCUACAGUGUUUAUCUUUACAUAGUCAAGUUCAGCUGGAAGCUUUUGAACUUAAAACUCAGUCUUUUUGAACAAAGACAAUUUUAAGAGCAAUAAUUUUAGCAUCUGUGAUUUGGGUAAUCCAAGAGUAUAUAGAGCAGGGAUAGGGAACCUUGGGGGCCAGGGGCUAAAUGUAGCCCUCCAGACCUUUGUAGUUGUCCCUCAGGACUCUGUCCAGGCCACACUGUUUUUGACUGCCUGGAAUGUUUCCUUGAAUAGUGCAAAUGCCUCUCAUUCUGGAGGGAGGGAGCUUUGUCUGUAAAAACCUCUGGCAUUUGUGCAGCUGGAAUAUAAAUCUAUUGUACAAAGGUAAGAGUUACAUGCAUUUGCAUGCCUACUUUUGCAUCCAGCCCUUGGGCUGGAAAGGUUUCCAGCCCCUGAUGUUGAGAGAGUUUUUUUUAUCUCCAGAGUUUCUGGGAGAGCCAAUUCUAUAACUUGAGGUAUCAUAAGAUAAUAAGAAUCUUACUGUAUCUGAAGUUUUUAAAAACAGUUAAUUAUGGACUUGGGCCACAAUUGAAGGAAGUCCAACUUCUUCAUAAAUUAGAGUUGAUGGAACACCAGGGGUACUAAUUGGUGCAGAAGGCAUCUUAAAUCCUAAAAAUGCAUAGCUCUUAGUUUUCCUUACAAUCUCCAUUAUGACAGCUGCUGACUGUAUGGUUUAGGUCAGUGUUUCCCAGCUGGGGCCUCCAGGAUAUUCCAGCCCCCCCCCCCCCGGUGAAAAUUACAUAAAUGGGGGGGGCACAGAGUGAAGUGAGAAGAAAAUAAAAAGAUCUUUUUCUUAAAAAUAAAAAAAAUCUGAUUGGCUGGCUAUAUGCUUGGCCAAUAACAAGCAGGUAAGGGGGUGGCCUAGUGCUUCUUUUUGCCACGUGCAUUUUCUUGGAGCAGCCCUGGUUUGUUUCCAGCUGGAGAGGGUGAUUGCUAAGGUUCCUGUUUUGAUCACUGCUUGUAGCUGUUGCCAGUGCUGGUGGCAGCCUGGGACACUCUGCAAGUCGCUGGGGUGCAAUCCACCUCAGCACCUAGCAGAUCAGGGAUCCACCCCAGAGCCUAGCCAAUAAGGUCUGGUGCUGCUGACUUGUAUCUAGUAAAUUACUAAGUGUCUACUCAGAAGAAAGCCACACUGACCUCAGUGGGGCUUACUCCCAGGUGAAGGUGUGUGGGGCUAUAGUGUUUUAUCUAGGCAGCCAGGGCUCUAGAUGACAAGAUCUUUUUGCACCAGGUCAGUGAGGACCACUUGGGACAGUCCCGGAUUUACAGAAAUUGUCUCAGAUUCUGAUUUGAUUCCACAAUGCCCUGCUUUUCUUUAGGACGUCCCUAUUUUCACCAGAAAAAUGUUGAAGGGUAUCUGACCCCCGAGCCAUCUGAAGGCAGCCCUGUGUAGGGAAGUUUAUUUAACGUUUAAUGUUUUAUUAUGGUUUUUAUAUAUGUUGAAAGCUGCCCAGAGUGACUGGGGCAACCCAGUCUGAUAGGUGGGGUAUAAAUAGUAAAAUUAUUACUACGGAAUACAACAUCCUUAUUUUCAUUGGAGAAAUGUUGGAGGGUAUGGUUUUGGACUGUAAUCUGUAUGUUCCCCCCUCUUUGUCUAAUAACUGAAGUCAAAUAAGUGUUGUUUACUUUUUAUAAUACAUGAAAGAUGGAUCUCCCUUGGGAGGUUCUGGACUCUCCUUCCUUGGAGGUUUCUAAGCAGAGGUUGGAUGGCCAUCUGCCAUGUAUGCUUUAGCUGAGUUUCCUACUUUGCAGGGGGAUGCACUAGAAAUAUGACACUUUGGAUCCCUUCAAACUCUAUGAUUCUUUGUUUUUUCUGCUUUAACAAUAUUUUAUUGGGUUCCUACCAUUUAAUGUAAUUGUAUUUGGUAUGAAUUAUAAAAUAAAACAUACUCUAUUUACAAACAAAACAUUUAAAUAGCUACCUUUCUACUGGUAGGACCAUGGGGGGUGGGCACAGGAAGGAAACACGGUCUGAAAGGGCCAUGGUUGGCAAAAGGUUGGAAAACAUUGGUUUAGGUAGUUGUUAACACCUUGGCCUUCAUUGUGGCAAACUCCAAACUGUUCAGGCCUCUGGAGUAAUUGGAAUAUAAUGGCCCAAAACUAAAUGCUGAAUUUGACUUUACUCAUGAUGUACCGUAUUUUUCGCCCUAUAGGACGCACCGUCCCAUAAGGCGCACCUAGGUUUUUUUUGGGGGGGGAGGGGAAAAAAUUAUUUCCCCCCCAGGUCCGCGAAGCCUGGGCGCGCUGAGCUCAGCGCGCGCAGGCUUCAGCAUGCAGGCACCUCUCCCCAAGCAGCGGGAGCGCAGCGCUGGGCUCCCGCUGCUUGCGGAGAGGUGUGCGAAGCCUGCAUUCGCCCCAUAGGACGCACACACAUUUCCCCUUCAUUUUUGGAGGGGAAAAAGUGCGUCCUAUAGGGCGAAAAAUACGGUACUUAAACUAGUCCAGCUGAUCACCAAAGGUUGAAUUUGCAGCAGGGCACGGAGGAUUUAUAUAAAGCCUGAAACUGAGAUGCGUUGUUGGCUCGUCACUAGGAAGCUCUGGCUCUGUGGAUGUUUACAAAGCAUGUGAUCCUUCUGAGUCUUCAGGAGUCCUUAGUCAUGCCUUGGUGGUAGAAGUGCUUGAACUGGCCAAGGCUGUAUAUUGAAUAGCAUGAGGCAGCCACUCUUGAACAAUUGACUCUCCUAAUUGUGGCUGUCACAUGGACUUAUUAAGUAUUUCUCACAAGUGACUCAAAAAAACUACUUUUCAAUGGUAGUAUUCAUCCUUACUAUGUGUGAGCAAUGCUAGCUGUUGGAAUUCAGUAAGAAGCAAAAGUCCUGGUAACUGUCUCGGGUUUAUUUUGCUGCAAGAGAGAAUGCUGGGGCAAUAUCUGAGGUGUCUAAAGGAACAGUUAUUAAGCCAAUUUUCAGGUUAAUAACAAGUUGACAUAAGGUAGGAUAUUCUGAUUAUCUUAGUAUUGGUCUUAAUAUUUUUGAGCUGCUUCAUCAAAGAUGCCUAUAUCACGUGCCCAUUUCUUAAGUAGACAAUUUCAGUACCAAAAUGUUUGAGGCUAUUACAGUUCGUGCUUUUGCAACAGAAUUAUAAUGCCUCAAGUUGCCUUGUGCCUGACAAAAUCGUUCAGUGGGAAGGGACAAGGCUUCUUUGACAAGCAGUAAUAGAAAAACUGAUCUGCAGUCACUAGUGUUUCCUUGGAAAUUGUGCAGUUAGAGGAAUUAGCUUCUGGUUACAAACGCUUUGGGUUACGAACUCUGCUAACCCAGAAGUAGCUGCUCCUGGUUGCGAACUUUGCCCCAGGAUGCGAACGGAAAUCGCGCGCCAGAGGCACAUGCACUGGGGGAGGCCCCAUUAGUGAAAACGCGCCUCAGGGUAAGAACAGUUUCAGCUUAAGAACAGACCUCCAGAAGGAAUUAAAUUUGUAACCAGAGGUACCACUGUAUUCAACUCACCCAUUUUUAGUAUAAUGGUACCUCUGGUUAAGAACUUAAUUUGUUCUGGAGGUCCGUUCUUAACCUGAGGUACCACUUUAGCUAAUGUGGCCUCCCGCUGCUGCCGCGCCACCGCUGUGCGAUUUCUGUUCUCAUCCUGAGGCAAAGUUCUUAACCCGAGGUUCUACUUCCAGGUUAGCGGAGUCUGUAACCCGAGGUACCACUGUACAGCAAUUCAGCUACGUGGAAGCUUCCACAUACCAGUUGUUCCUGUGUAGCUCCUCUUAAGCUAGUUGGCUCAAAUGCAAUGCUGUUGCUGUGAAUAGCAAACAGGAGACAUGAGACACCUUGUAACCAAAAUCAUUAGCUCUUUCAAUGUGUCUAGAUGGAAAACAAAAUGUGUACCAAGCAUGACGUUUCCCACCUUAAAAAAUGUUAGGUGGCUAUCUGACAUGCUCUGUAACUCUUUUCUAGUUUAUUUUUUGUGGGCAGUAACACACUCUCCUAAGCACUACUGCGUGUGCUGCUGCGCUGCUAGCGUUCCUUGGUUGUGUGGGGUUUUUAAGACUGAAUGCCUCAAACAGGUAUGCAGUGUUUGAAAUUAGCCAAGCGGCAGGCGCAUAUGGCACCAGGCUUUUGACCAUUUGUAACCAAGUGAGGAUGCCUGGGGGUCUGACAUCUCCAUCAUCUGGGGAUCAUUGGAUCUAGAUUGUUUUCACACACUAAUACCCAAUCCUGUAGAAUUUUAUCAGUUACAUUUUAUCUGCACAAUUGGAAUGAAUUUCUGGAACCAAAUUGCUUUUAUUGUGCAGCCUGAGCAGGAGCAGUCACCUUUAAGAAAAAAAGAUCAGAAUAGGCCCUGGAUUAAGUGACUUUUCUACUUUUAAGUUCUAAAAGCUCUUAAACCAGCUCAAAAUUGUCUGCUGAGCUGAGAAUCAUUAUCAGUCAGUCCAUCAUUUGAAAAAUAAGACUUUAGAGCCGUCCUAACCAAAAUGGCAACUGCAGCCUUGGUUUAAGGAGCCAUUUGGUGCCUAACUUGUAUACAGUCAUACCUCGGAAGUUGAACAGAAUCCGUUCCAGAAGUCCGUAUGACUUCCAAAACGUUUGGAAACCAAGGCACGGCUUCUGAUUGUUUUCCGAUUGCACAGGCGCACCGGAAACAAUAGUGGAAGCAGCACUGGACGUUCAGCUUCCAAAAGAACAUUCGAAAACCAAAACACUCACUUCCGGUUUCCGAUCGUUUGAGAGCCAGAACGUUCAACUCCCAAGGCAUUUGGGAGCCGAGGUACGACUGUAUCUGAGUUUCUAACACUGCAGGAAUGGGAAGCUUAUGUGGUAGUGCUUUUAUGCAGCUCAAAAGAGAAUUUCUGUAGAACUAUUUCAAGCUGCAUUUCUGCAUAUAAUUUCAAAAGCAUGAAGCAAGUAAAAAUUCAUGGAUACUUUAGGUGAUCUCUUAAAAAUGAUUUCACUUAGAGUUUGGCUGUGCACUUAAGUCUUGAAGUAAGAGUUGCCUUGGGUUUGUCAGUGUGGAAAAUCAGAGUUCUAGAACAGAUGUUGGGAACCUCUGGUGUGCUGGAUCCUCACCUCACCCACCUAUUGUGGACCACUUUGAAGAGGGUGGGACUGCCCUCCUGUCAUUCGCCUGACACUGUGAUACUGGGCUUGAAAUUAGCAGGGCACCAGGUGCAUUUUGCAUCUAAAGAUUCUCCAUUUGUGAGCACUUCAAAAAAUCUGGGUGCCACUUUUUGUGCCUGACUGACACUCAAGGAUUAUUGAAAUGUGUGUGCUUUGAAGCCUCAAAGUAUAUGCUAAGGAUAGACAAUAUGCUAAGGAGUUUAAUAAAGAGUAGAGUGUUUUGAAAACUGAAGUAUGGUACCAAUAUUUUUAUUUUAAACACCAAAUAAAAUGUGUAUUAACAAUUUCUGCUAAAAUGUGAUAUUAACAAUGUGUCACUUAUGUCAAUUGCAUAUUAGUUCAUGCUUAUCAAAAUAAUAAAUAGUGUGGGCCUAAUAUGGUACACAGGAUGGAAAUUUCCCUUGCCUGCAGUAGAAGUUUACAGCAGUGAGUCCGUUGCACAAUGUCUGGGUCCCUUAAGUGCUAGCUAAAACAACAAAUUCUAAGGAACUGAGUACAGAUACUAGUUUGUUCAUUCAAUGAGCAAGCCCAGUGAUUAACCAUUGCCGUACUUUUUUUUUUUUUUUUUUUUAAGAAGCUGCAAAAGGCUGCUGUCAUAAGCUGUCAGUGCAGCUUAGCAAUCUCUGGUGUAUGAAUUGCAUAUAGAACUUUUGGUUAAUUGCUGCAUGCCCCUUGUGAUAUUUUCCUCUUCUACAUUUGCUGACCAGCUGAACUUUAUAGCUGUUUUAUGAACUACUUACAGAUGCUGCUACCUUGACAAUAGUGACUGUCCAGCAUUCAAAGAACUGUGAAACCUUUUCCUUGCUCCUGUGCCUUCAUCGGUUCUUCUUAAAAGCCCCUGCUCUCCUUUCAUCCUGCUUCCUUUGGAAGAGGCUGCUUGUGAAAGCUUCCUUGCUGCCUGUUUUCAUUCUCCAGCACUUGGUAUACAAACAUUGCAGAGCAUUGCAACUAACUGCCAGUGGGCCACUGUAGAUCGAAGGGGUUUUUAUCCCUGAAGGGUGUGUGUAAACCUGAAUCUUGUUGAGCAUCUUUUUUCUCCCUAUGCAAUAGCCAAACCGCUUUCUAAACUUGUUAUAGAUCUUUUGGUGAAAAUUAAGACUUUUGAACUGGAGUCCUUGCUGCAGAGUCUAAUCUGGUUAGUAAUGCAUGAUUCAUGCAUAGAAUAGGGGUAAGAUGAGACUCUUUGUUCUUUCACAAGGGAUAAUCCUUGUGAAAUCUGAAGCCUAAAGAGGACUGAAGUUGCGGUGUGCAUAGUAGCAUUGACUAAGACUGUUAGCAUUCAGGCAGUUGGAUAAAAAAAAAGUAUGUUGCAUGCAAGCCCUUGUUAAUCAUUGGGAUUCUUCAUUAUUAGAUAGUGUGGCAGCCUAGUUUCCCCGUCAAGCAACUUUUUGCUGCUCUUGCUUGGAUACAUUUUAUUUCCUUACUACUUGUGUUUCAUGGCCAGACUUUCCCAGAACUUGAAGAGCCUGAUGGGUCCUCGUGUUUUCUAGUCAUAAGAGUAGGCCAAACCCUACGGGUUUAACAAGUAUGCAUCUGAAGAGGCAGUACGUACCUGUUAACCUAGCUUGAAGCCACACAACCUGCUCAUCGGUUGUCCUGUACUUUGAGAUGCUGCAAGCAGCAAAUGAGCUGCAUAUUUUUUUAAAAAAAUAGUAUUCUCUCUCUCUUUUUUGGUCCAGUAA